UGACCUCAUCUUUCUUCCGGUUUCGCCAUCUCUCAUUCAACAUGGCAGACAUGGACUACGAAAGAGUUUUGUGUGUGAAACCCGAGGUUCAUGUCUUCAGAAUACCGCCUCGGACAUCGAAUAGAGGAUACAGAGCUGCAGAUUGGAAGUUAGAGUCACCGGACUGGACUGGAAGGUUGAAGAUUGUCACAAAAGACAAGAAACUCUCAAUCAAACUUGAAGAUAAAGCAGGGGAGUUGUUUGCUCAAGCUCCAAUAGAUACCUAUCCUGGUCCUGAAGUAGAAACUGUUCUGGAUUCCAGCCGAUAUUUUGUGAUCAGGAUACAAGAUGAUUCAGGUAGAAAAGCUUUCAUUGGAAUUGGUUUCCAAGACAGAGGAGAUUCCUUUGACUUCAAUGUUACUCUUCAAGAUCAUUUUAAAGGAGUGAAACAGGAGCAGCAAUUACAGAUGGAAAUGGCAGAUGCAUCCAAGAAUCCAGCACCAAAAUUAGAUCUUGGGUUCAAGGAAGGUCAAACGAUCAGAAUAAACCUUGGGAACAAACCUGCCAAGUCAAGACCAAAGCCAUCUGCUGGUGUUGGAGGGGGCACCCCUGUCUUACUACCCCCACCCCCUGGGGCAGGGUCAGGGGCAGGAAUAAAGGCACCUCCCAUGGCUAUUCCACCUCCAGCACAACAACAACAACAACAAGCAGUACAGCCAAACCCAUCACAGCAAUCUAGUGAUUUAUUAGGGGGCUUUGGCAGUUCUUUCAGUGCCCCACCCCCUCCAACAGUUCAACCACAAACCCAGCAAAAUACUAGUGCUUCAGAGUGGGGAGACUUCACAAGUGCACAAACGUCAUCAAACAAUGGAGGUUGGGUGCAAUUCUGAAAUUCAAAUUAUAUUUAUAGAAGUCCUAAUUAUGUAUGAUAGGGAGACAACCUCUUCUCCAGGAGAGUAUACUCUCCAUCAGGAAGUUAACUGCCCAACCUCUGCCCUAUGAGAAACCCCCUGCCAUGCUAUCCAUCCACCAUGUGUGAAAACCUAGACCAUGUUUCCACUGGAUGCCUCCAAACUGUGAUCUUUAUAGGACAUGACCAAAGACUGUUCAUAUAAAUGUGGUGUCAGGACCCUUUCACAUGUUGUUGUGGAUCGUGGCAAGUCAUGUGUGGAUUUACUGUCAGUACUCAUCAGGAACCCUAGAACCGAUGUGAAUGGAUACAGCUGCAUCAUCUACAUGUUUCUACUUAUUUCAGUGUAAAUUGUUAUAGCACCUAGUGUUUUUUUUUCUAAUUUAUCUUUUGUAAUCUGAGUAUUGACAAUUUAUUUGGUAUAGUGUGAACAGGAUAAAGCAUAAAUGCAUGUUUAGUGACAUCAGAAAUAUCUUUCUUUUUUUUUAGGAAAAAAUUAUUUAAAAA